CCUUGGCAACCUUUCCCCUCCCCUCCCACCUCCUGGCUGCCUCCUCCUCCUCUUCCUCGUCGGCGACCUCAUCGAGAAAUCUCGCUCCCUCCCGGCCGCGGAGGGGCUCCCCGACCGAUCCAUCCCAUAAAUACCCACGCGCGCCCGCCCCCGAGCCGCGCCGCUCACUCCCCCCUCAGCCUCCCAGCCGCGCCUCCACCACUCGACAGCGACCUCCUCCGCCCUCCCCCUCCUUCGCCGCUAAGCGUCCUCUCCCCCUCUUGGCCCCUUCCGUCUCCGCGUGCCGACCUGCGCGCGCGGCUCCCCGGCGUCCCCCCCACCUCCCUUCCGCCGGGGGCCAGCCAGUGGCACUCGUCCCACCCGAUCCCAUCUCCCCCGCGGGUGCCGGAGGUCGGGCCUCCGAUCCCGGCGACGUGAGCGCUCGAUCUCGCGCGGCGGCGGCUCCUUUGAAUCCGAGAUGUGGGGCGGCGACUCCAAGCAGACGCUCAAGUCCCGGGGCGCCGGCGCCGGCGCGGCCGGGGCCGGCAUGGGGGACGAGGAGUCCGACUACUUCCCGCCCACCCCGCGCAAGGACUGGUCCACGGGCCUGCUCAAGCUCGUCACCGCCACCGUCAUCUUCAUGGGCGGCGUCGUGCUGGGGCUCUCCGUCAGCGGCAGCGUCGCGCGCUACUACUACAACUCCUCCCACGCCGAGCUAUUCUUCCCGGCCACCACCUUCGGCUGCGACCCGCGCGACCGGGACUGCGGAAUGGGCCUCGCCUUCAAGGCCUUCGUCCACCCGCCACGCCUCGCGCACUCCAUGACCGACGACGAGCUCUUCUGGCGGGCCUCGCUCGUCCCCAAGGCCGAGGACUUCCCCUUCCAGCGGGUGCCCAAGGUCGCCUUCCUCUUCAUGACGCGCGGGCCAAUCCCCUUCGCGCCGCUCUGGGACAAGUUCUUCCGGGGGCACCAGGGGCUCUACUCCGUCUACGUCCACACCGUGCCGGACUACAAGCUCAACGUCUCCAAGAACUCGGCCUUCUACGGCAGGCAGAUCCCCAGCGAGGAGGUGUCCUGGGGAUCAAUAACUCUUGUGGAUGCUGAGAAGCGCCUGCUGGCCAAUGCCUUGUUGGAUUUCUCAAAUGAGCGGUUUGUGCUGCUCUCGGAGAGCUGCAUUCCUGUAUUCAACUUCCCGACCGUCUAUGAGUACCUCAUUAACUCGGCGCACAGUUUUGUUGAGUCCUACAACAUUGACACCCCUCAAUGUGCUGGCCGGUACAACCGGCGCAUGGCACCUCACAUCAUGGCAGAUCAAUGGAGAAAAGGGUCAGAGUGGUUUGAGCUUAACCGUGAACUGGCUGUCCAGAUAGUAGCAGACUACAAGUACUACUCAAUCUUCAGAAAGCACUGCAGGCCAUCCUGUUACCCAGAUGAGCAUUACAUACCAACUUAUCUUCAUUUGUUCCAUGGGCCCCUCAACGCGAACAGGACCAUCACAUGGGUUGAUUGGUCAAGAGGAGGCCCGCAUCCAGCAAGUUAUGGUGCUGCAGACAUCACAGAAGAGUUCAUCCAGGCCAUCAGGAAUAAUGGCACACAAUGCUUCUACAACUCAAAGCCCACCUCUGUCUGCUACCUCUUUGCGAGGAAGUUUGCUCCAAAUGCUUUGGGUCGGUUGAUGAACCUCACCUCGACUGUGUUGGACUUUUGAGUUGUUUUCACCAUGCGUCGUCCUCACCAUCUUCAGCAUUAUGCUACUGAUAGAGGGAGGUAUCCGUUGAUGUGCAUGCCGGUCAGGAACUAGAGCUACUCUACACUACUAGAUUGGAGUUGGCGACAUGUGUCUCACUAUAGAUGGAUGGUCAGAGAUGGUUUUUGAUGGAUGGGUCUCUCGCGGAUGAUGCUGUGUGGGACAGUGAAAAUUGCUUCACUUAUCCUGAAGCUGAGUCCCGAGCUAUGGACAAAUGGCAUUGCCAACGGAGAGGACAUUUCUUUCACCUCCCAUUCUUUUUAAUAUAUCAUAGUCAUCUGAUAGAGGAUCGUUUUUCUUUUCUUCUUCCCCCCUAUCUACUGUAAUGACUUGGUCAGAUACUAAUUUCUGUGAAUAUAACUUAUCAAUCAUUGCUUCA